AUGCAGUUCCAGUCCCCCCAACCUAAGCCCGGACCGAGCUUCGACCCAUCUCACCCGUCGAUUGCGAAUACCCCUCAAACAAGCACUCCCGUCUCUGCGACUGCUCAAGGGACUCCAAUCAAUGGUUUUGCUACCCCGACUCAGCUAAGAGGUCAAAGCAAGCCACCCCAAGCGGGGCAUCGGCUGAGCGUGUCACGGCAUUCACAGCCGCCAGGUCCCGCACCUGAUGCACCGAGCCAAUUCGCUGCACCUUCCCCGUCUCAGCAGAGAAAAGCCUCGGCGACACCUGGGCCACAGCCAGUACAGCCACCGGAACCCACGCCAGAACAAGUCUACAAGCGGCCGAUUGAAGAUCCCUUCAAACCUAUGAUCAUCACCGAGCAGCGGCUUCAUGGGCCGAUUCAAGUCGAAGAAAUGUUCCACAUGGGUGAGGAAAUAUCAGCACUUCGGCCAACAGUACCAAGCUUCGCGGAGUUGGGCAUCAUAGACAUCCACGCCUUGACCAUGAGUUUGAAGUCUGGAAUCCACGCUGAAACUCGACUGGCCCUUGAUACUCUCAUCACAAUUUCCAGUCAGCCAAGCAUCCAGAUAUCACUGGAAAGCACAGAGGACUUGGUCGAGAGCUUGGUAGAUUGUGCCGAUGAGCAAGCCGAGUUCUUGGCAGAGCACGUUGAAGAAAUCAGCGAACAGAUAUCGCUGCGGUCUUACGAAGAUGUCACCCGGGGCUGUCAAUAUGAACACGCUGCGCUUGCGGAUGUUUUCGAAUUUGGGAGCCUUGACUAUGAAUUGAAUUGCGCCAUAGAUCGUCUGAUCUGUAUCACCACCAUUCUUCGAAACCUGUCAUUCAGUGAAUCCAACUUCGAGUCCCUCGGGGUGCCUGCUGUGACGCAGUGUCUCGCAAACAUUUUCAGAAAUAUCGGCACCCGCGAUCGAUACCUGCGCACGGAUCAAAACCUCUUGGAUUUCAUGAAGGAUGCUGUGAUCUUCAUGAGCAACUUGGCCCAUGUCAUGCAAAUACCAGGGAAGGAAGAAGCUUUGAGCCUUUUGCAUUUCUUGCUGGCAUUUUUGCCUUCCCCCGGGCCCACGGAGGUGAAGCCCGGACAACUUCUGUUUACGACCUUUAAUCCAUCUAUUCAUCGCUACACCCCCGCUGCAGUAGACGGGCUCGCCAAAUUGCUAGCACGAGAUGAUCCCAAUCGGGUCUUCUUCGGCUCGAUCUUUUCGGGCGAUGGCUUGGCGGCCCCGCAGCCCGAGCUGCUUACUCGGGCGUUUGGCCUUGCAAUUUGCGCCGUUCCAGAUCGGAGACCUCUAGCAGUGGCCGACGCUCGCCUUGUUUUUCUGAUGCAAGGCCUGUUAGCAGCCGAUGUCUUGACAACCUUUGCAGAUGGGGUCCUCGCCAAGCAAUGGCUUGGGUCCGUCGAUGGAUUUGCUGCUCAUCUGCUGCGUGUGUCGUGCCUGCUGUGUACCGAGCGUCUUUCAACCAUCAAUCCGCGUCAAAAUCGGCAAGCUGAAACGGAAGCCUUUGCAUACAGCUCCAUCAUCCAUCGUGGUCUCGGUAUUCUGCGGCGACUCGCGGAGAAGUCCAAACAAGUCGAUAGCUCCGCCCAGCUUCGACUUCCUUCGGGCAUCCUCCCCAGUAAAGAAAGCUUACUUGGCGCGUUGCUUCUCGCGAACAUGGAUCCGACCAUCAUUCGCCAGCUCCUUACAUAUGCCAACCUCGCAGAGUAG